GAAAUUUGAGACAAAGAAAAAGUCCAAACAAAUUUCAGCUAACUCAUUGUUUCUGACUAUUUCUCUUUCUAUAUAUAUGAUAGCUUCCUUCUUUCUUUCUUGCCUCUUUCUUUAAUUACAUCUUUCCAAGAAACCCUUCAUAAACUAGUAUAUGCCAAUCAUCAUCCUCUAGCCAUCAGCUUCUGUUUCCUGCAGGUUUCGAUCGGAAAGAACCAAAUCGCUGGAUAUAUAUCGACAUGGGGAACUGUUAUGGCACUCGUGUGAAUAAUCAUCACACCCCAACCACAUCCAAUACUUCUACUUCAGAAAAAAGGAAUACUAAGCAACAUGGAGUUCCAAGUACGAGUAGCAGCAGCAAUAGCAACAGCGCAGAAAAUAUCAACGUUGCUGCCGAAUAUGGAAGCAAUAACAGCAGCAGGGAAACGACUCCUCCAACCGGCAAGAUUGUUACUCCAAAUCUUAAAAUGUUUACAUUAGCCGAGUUGAAGAGUGCAACAAGGAAUUUCAGACCGGAUACUGUGCUAGGAGAAGGCGGAUUCGGAAGAGUUUUCAAAGGUUAUAUCGAUGAGAAGACCUAUGCUCCGUCGAGAGUUGGCGUUGGCAUGGCUGUUGCGGUCAAAAAGUCCAGCCCUGAUAGCCCUCAAGGCCUUGAGGAAUGGCAGUCUGAAGUGAAGUUCCUUGGGAAGUUUUCACACCCAAAUCUUGUGAAGCUCUUGGGUUAUUGCUGGGAAGAUAGACAAUUCCUUCUUGUCUAUGAAUACAUGCAAAAGGGGAGUUUAGAAAACCACCUCUUCAGAAAAGGAGCAGAACCUCUUCCAUGGCACGUUAGACUUAAGGUGGCAAUUGGAGCAGCUCAAGGCCUUGCUUUCUUGCACACCUCAGAAAAGAGCGUCAUCUAUAGGGAUUUCAAGACCUCUAACAUUUUGCUGGACGGGGAUUACAAUGCCAAACUCUCAGACUUUGGACUGGCUAAAUUAGGCCCAAUAAAUGGCAACUCUCAUGUUACAACAAGGGUCAUGGGCACAUAUGGCUAUGCAGCUCCUGAAUAUGUCGCCACUGGCCAUUUAUACGUGAGGAGUGAUGUUUAUGGGUUUGGAGUUGUGCUGCUAGAGAUGUUAACAGGCCGAAGAGCACUCGACAACAAUAGGCCCAACUCUGAGCAGAAUUUGAUAGAAUGGGCCACACCAUCUCUUUCAGAGAAAAGAAAGCUGACAAAGAUAAUGGACCCCAGACUUGAAGGCCAGUACCCUAUAAAAGGUGCAAUGCAAGCAGCUGAGCUUAUACUUCAAUGUUUAGAAUCUGAUCCCAAAAGUAGACCUUCCAUGGAAGAAAUUCUUGACACAUUAGAAAAGAUAAAUUGCAUGAAGGAAAAGCCCAAGGAGAGCAAAUCUAAGGCCCAAAAGCAAGCUGAUAAGCGCCAACAACGGCAGUCAGCCCAUCAAAAUCGCAACAGCCAUCGUCCAAUAUCUCCUCUUCAUUAUAAGUAUGGUGACCAUGGAAAUGGAGCUCGAGCUUACCCAUCUCCGGUUAGAUCAAUUUCAUAAGGAUGUCAAGUUAAGAGAUUGUAUGUUGUUGUUGGUGUAAAAUUUUUACUUUCCUAUUUUGUAGAUUUGGACUCUUUUUAUUAAUUAUAGCUGAAAAUAUCCAGCAAGUUCCAAGCUUUAUCAA